GGCCAGUUAGUUAAUGGGCAGGAGAUUGCUGUGAAAAGGCUUUCUAGAAGUUCUCAACAAGGGUCAGAGGAGUUCAGGAACGAAGUUAUAUUGAUUUCAAGGCUUCAACAUCGUAACCUUGUUAGAAUUUUGGGUUGUUGUACUCAAGGAGAUGAGAGGAUAUUAAUAUAUGAGUACUUGCCAAACAAAAGCCUAGAUUCAUUUCUUUUUGAUGAAACCAAACGAGCUUUACUUGAUUGGAAAAUACGUGUCCACAUCAUUGAAGGAAUUGCUCAAGGACUUCAAUACCUCCACAAGCACUCUAGAGUAAGAAUCAUUCACAAAGAUUUGAAAGCUAGCAACAUUUUAUUGGAUAAUGACAUGAAUCCAAAAAUAUCUGACUUUGGUACUGCAAGAAUAUUUGGAGACAAUGAAUCCCGGGCAAGCACAAAAAGAAUUGUUGGAACAUAUGGUUACAUGUCCCCUGAAUAUGCCUUGUAUGGUCGCUUUUCUAUGAAGUCUGACGUUUUUAGCUUUGGGGUCAUGAUGCUGGAGAUCAUAAGUGGGAAGAGAAACACAGAUUUUUAUAUGCCCGAUCGUGCUUCAAAUUUGUUGGGAUAUGCAUGGGAUUUGUGGAAAGAUGGAAGGGGUUUGGAGAUAAUGGAUCAUUCAUUAGUUGAAACAUGUUCAAUGAGUGAUAUUAUGCGAUACAUUCAAAUUGGUUUCUUGUGUGUUCAAGAAAGUGCAGUAGAUAGACCAACUAUUUCAACUGUUUUGUCUAUGCUUAGCAAUGAAAUGGUCGCUAUACUUGCUCCUAAGCAACCUGCUUUCUUUGCAAUUGUGAGUUUGAAUGAUGCCUAUACAGAUGAAAUUUCAAAACCUUGCUCUAUUAAUGAAGUCACAAUUUCAGAAGUAGUGUCUCGAUGACAUUUGUUCUUGUACAAUGGACAAUUCUCAUUAAAGAUACUUAUCAUUGUAAAACUUGAUAGACCAAUCGAUAAUAGAUGUUAAAGAUGAAAUGAUUCAAUGACAUGUUGUGGUUAGUUGCUAAUAA